CCCGCACCAUUGCUCCGUACAGUCGCGUUCGUCUAUCGCAAAUUAUCCCGCGCUUUAUUCAUUCUGUUCUAGUGUCAUUUUUGAAUUAAGAAUAGUUCUGUGCUUGUGGUGUGUGUGACAUUUUGGAUUUUUCUACGCAAAGGUAUACGAGCAUACAGCUUAAUCUAUUUAUUAACGAGAGCUUCACCAGACUGUCAACUAUGUUAUAGUUGAAAGAUUGUUCCUAAAACCCUCGAGAGUGUGUUCCUAACAAAUUAGAUAUUUUGACGCUAGUUUUUUUGUAAUCGUGUACCAAUAAGUUCAAAAAAUGGGAUGCAAUACCAGUUCCGAAGCCAAAACCGCCAAAGAAGAGAAGAAUAAUGCACAAGAAAACCAGACAAAUGCUGCCACAGAAGAGAAAGCCAAGGAGACCGAGACCAAGUCAGAAGAGCAGGCAGCGACUAAAAUCCAGGCGGCUUUCCGUGGUCAUCGGACGAGGAAGUCAAUGAGCAUGAAGACCAGCAAGCAACAGCAGCCGGAGCCGCAGCCCACUAAGGCUGAGCUGGAGGCCGAGUUCCGAGCUGAUGAUAAAGAGCUAUGCAAUGCUGCGACGAAGAUCCAGGCCUCGUUCCGAGGUCACCAGGCUCGCAAAGAGAAGGAGCAAGCCGUUAAGGAUCAGGAACAACAGGAUAAGGAAGACAUCGAAAAGAUUGACCUGUCCGAUCCUAACUUGAACAAGGCUGCGACCAAGAUACAGGCCUCUUUCCGCGGCCACAAAGUGCGCAAGGACGUCAAAUAAGGUGACCACGACGUCAAUACAGGGCGGGACUGUCCCUGACUUUGCAAACACGAUAUUAUAUUUAAAAAAAAACCUUCAGUAAAGUAACGCCCAUUUUGAACUGACAACAUAUGCGUCCGUUUUUUUUAAACAGCUGUAAAAAUUUGGAGUGGAAAUUCAUAAUUUAUGAAGUGUUGUUUUUUAAAAAAACUGACGUCUAUAUUGUCAAUGAAUUUGUUUUCUAGUCACAUAAAAAUAACUUUGAUUUAAUUAAUUUGUUUUAAUGGAUUAAUAAGAAUGAGUUAAAUACGUGAUUGGUUCCAAUAGAUGGUUUGAUCGUCCAUCUAUUGAUAUUUCAUCCAAAUGUAUUAUAUCAAGUCGCUAUUUCCAAAGUGUGUAUUGUAAUAUCGAAUAGUGUAAGGGGUGUACAUCUCUAGUCGAAUAGUGAUGGGAUUUUUUUUUGUAUGUAUUUUAUCUAACUUUUUUUUUGGUUAAAUUCGUGUUUGCGAAGUCAUUGAUAUUUGAAAUGUUUACUAGUAAAGUAAAGUGUGUAAUUCGUGUAGAGUAUGUCAAUUCUCUACUGUAUGAUUGUCAAUUUUUGUCUUGUACUUAUUGUUGUUAAUAACCGAGGAGUUCUGUUGUUUUUUUGCAAAAAGAAAAUUUUCAUUUCGGUUCUAAAUUUUUUUUAAUCUUGUAAAUGUACCUAUAUUUUUUCGAUCCAAAUUACAUUUCGAAAAUCGGUCCUGUUUUUGAGUACUAAUUGGGUUUUGAUAACUAAUCUUGCUUUUUUUCCUAAUAUUUUUUGCAAAAUUAAACAUUAAAUAUAAUCUUUUUCCUAACAAUGUAUUUGGCAUUGGAUUGACGUGUCUCAUGAAUACCAAAGAGUAGAAAAUACUGAAAGGAGUGAAUUGAACUAUUUAUAACAUAAUAGAUAUCUAUCCCGUUUUUUCUAUUAUAAAUUUUGAUCACACUACUUCGUGUACCUAUAUAAAUAAAAUAUGGGCAUUUUUUUAUUAUUUUAAUUAAUUAAAUAACAUUCCAUCUUCUUUCAAUGUUUGUUGAGAAAUUAAUAUUUUUAUUUAGAUUAAUGUAGACUCUAAGAUUAAAUAGUUUUUAGUGGCAAACCAAAAAGCUUUGUAUUAUUUAAAAUAAGUUGUAUUGUGAAUACCGCAAUAACAUUUCAUAUGUUUUAUUUAUUUCAAAAGAUAUCAUGUGUUGGUUUAAUAUUAUCUACACAGUUUCGCUGGAUUUUCCUGUAAAUUGCUGGUAUAUUUAGGGUUUAUAUUAAAUACAAUAUUUAAUAUUCGCCUAUAUUA